CAGAACUCAGUCCAACCUUCUUUUGAGAUCUUCCUUUUCCUAAGCCUUAAGAAAUGUCUCGUGUUGUUCUUAUGGUCGCUGCAAUGUUGAUGGUCGGGUCAGCCAUGGCAAGAGAAAGCAACGAGGUGGACGACGCCCCGAAGGACGCGGAGGACAACCAGGGGCGCUCGGGGUCCGGCUGCUGGUCGUGCAACGGCGGCACCAACAAGGACCCCGUCGACACCAUCACGAUCUCGAAGCCGCUGCCGGUCGGCCUCGACCACCUCGGGGGCGGCGACGGCCUGGGAGGGCUCGGCGGACUGGGAGGAUUGGGUGGAUUGGGCGGACUGGGCGGCAUAGGUGGACUGGGCGGACUGGGCGGACUGGGCGGGAUCUUGGGCGGAUUGGCGCCCGGGUUCUUCCUCGCGCCCAUUCUCGGCCUCAACAUCGCGGGCGUCAUCUUGCUGGCUCUCAUCCUCAAGCACAUUAAGAAGUUCGAACCUUAUGGUGACUAUGAGGAUUCCGUCACCUACUACACCGCCCAGCCCACCUACGUCCCAGCCGCCCCUGCACCCUCCACCUAUCAAUCCUACGACUCUUCUGGAGGAUACGCUUCAGGAGGCUACAACACUGGCUCAUCCUACAAGCGAGCGGAUACUGCAAGGUCCGCCGAAGGUCCCUCGCCGAUCCAUUUCUUAACCAAGAUGUUCACCCAAGCCAUUGAGAAGUACACGCAGGUGGACAGUGAGGAAGAUCAGUAGGAUGAGCAGGAAGAGAGUCUACUCCUCAGGAAGCUGAAGGAACGACAGGAGAAGAUCCUUCAUGUGACCGUGGGUUAGGUCAGCGCAUGUCUCCUGUCGUGAGUCUCCUGGCUUGCACUUAACGAGUUCUGUGGCGAAGGUCAACGCGAAGUAGAAAGUAGUGGACAAGGAACAGUUUCAGAGAUGAACUUGACGCGACUUGACGCGACGAGUGACGGGGUGACGUGACCUUCGAGACUUCAAGUGAUGAUGAAAAUACUGACCGCUAGACGAUAUUUUCUCUCACUUUUUUGAUGAAUGGCGACAUGGUGAAGACACGCGACUUGACGUGAGCUUAAUGAAUACACAAGACGACCGAAGACAUUUCAUAAUUCUUGUUAUGAAUCACAACAGACUGAUGACUAUUACGUGGCUAGACUCGACAGUUGGCCGAAAGAAACCGAACAGAUAAUUCACUCAAGACGAAUUAGACAGAUUAUUCACUCAAGACGAAAGACGUGGAACUACAGACAACAUUUGGUCUAUAAACGUGAGACCGAGACGUUACCAGACUGAAAAUGACCUAAACGGACCUUCGCAAUGUAAAACGACGAAAAAAACUACGAGAAAAGUGCUUCAGCGACUCUUUAAAGAUAAAAAGAAAAAGUCUAUCUAACCGGAUUUUUUUAUUUUCAUAUUUUACGUCACUUUACUUUAAGGAUACUCACCAGCUCAUGCUUAAUCAUUAGCAAAAAAAUCUGUUGUUCCAUUUUUUCAUUAGUUUUAUUCGUCUUAAUCCACAAGGCGAUCAUAUGCAGUUGCUUUAAAACAUAUCUCCCCUCCCCACAUACCCCUACCAGACCAAAACUUAUGCCGUGAGUAUUUUAUUGUAUAUAAGAAGUUGGCAUUCUGUCUUGCAUACCGUUUCUCACGAGUCCUUUACUGGUUUAAGGGAUGGCAGUCAUAUAUAUUUUGUUAUAUACCUUUUUUACCUGGAAAGGGAAUCACAGUGGUAUAUAAUUAUUUAUAUUUUUUAAAUAAUUAUUCAUCUUUAUUUUCUUUACUUUGUUUUCCAUUUAAAAGUCCGUUUUAUAUUUUGUUUGUUUGUUUUGUUUUAUUCCGUUUACAGUAUUUUGUACUAUUGCCAUAGAUAAUAUUUUUAUUUUCUUUCGUAUGUUUUUUGUUGUUGCCUUUGUUUUUGUUUUUAUUGUUUUAUGUUUUUUUUAUUUCUUUAUUUCCAUAUAUAUCAUUCAUGUUUUCCUUUGUAGUUAUGCAUGAUAAUCUCUUCCUUAUGUGUCUCCGUAGAUGAUGCCUUGUAUUCGUUUCCUCUAGUCUUGUUUGUCUUAAACGGCAUUUCCGUUUUCCUUUGGUGUCAUACGUACCUGUAAUGCCCCGGUUUACUUUUACAAUUCAUGUAUAAUGCCUGCGUCUCUCUUUGUCGUUAUAUGUGAUAUCUUUGUCUGUCGGUGUUAUGUGUAAUAGACUUAUUUUCCUUUGUUUUAAGCCUUGUCUUCCCUUGAUCUAAUAUGCAUUUUCUUU